AUGACUAAAAAAGAAACAAAACAAAUAUCAGUUGCAUUCGUCUGUCUAGGUAAUAUUUGUCGUUCUCCAAUGGCUGAAGCCAUUUUCACUCAUAAAGUUAAAACAUUAGGUUUAUCAAAAUUCUUCAAUAAGAUUGAUUCAUUUGGUACUUCUUCAUAUCAUGUUGGUGAUGAUCCAGAUUUUAGAUCUUCUCAAACUUGUAAAAAACAUGGUGUCCCUGUGAAUCAUCAUGCUAAACAUUUUGAACCAAAAUUUUUCAAUGAAUUUGAUUAUGUUAUUUGUAUGGAUGAAUCAAAUUUAUAUAAUUUGAAUGAAAGAAUUAGAUCCAAGACAAGUACCAAAAAUGAAGCUAGAUUAUUUGGGGAUUGGAAUACAGAUGGGAAAUUUAAAACUAUAGUGGAUGAUCCUUAUUAUGGUGGGAUUGAUGGGUUUGAAUAUAAUUUUCAACAAUGUUCAUAUUUUAGUGAAGAAUUUUUAAAACAAGAAUUAGAUGUUGAAUUAUAA